AAAUCAUCAGGUGAUGUUAAGGUGCCAAAUUUCAUCUCCGGAAGUCCAUGAUCACAAGUCUUGAAAGGACUUUGGCCACCACAAACUGCUGUGUCUCAUGAGAGGAGCUCUUAAUCCUUAGGUAAAACAGAGAGGGGGAGAUUCACCUGCAGGCUUUUCUGCUCAGCUGUUGUUUGAUGAGAAUGGAGGUUUUUGGUCUUAGGAGGACUCAGUCCCUGAGGAGCCUCUCUGGGGCUCAGGAGAAGUCAUGGGUCAUGCCCACUGCAACAAACUGGAGUAGAAAGUCAGUUUCACAGCUGGUACAACAUUACCAAAGCUGUGCUGACCUGAGCAGUUGUAAAAAAGCUGAGCAGAAGCAUGAGGUCUCAGGAAAUUGUGUCGACGAUGGCUGGAGAUCUGAGAACAGGAAGAGUCAGGUCAUGUGGGGAUCAGGGAGACUCAGCGGUCAUUCCAGGAGUCGCUCCAUGGACUUCCUACCACAGAAGGACACGGUGGGCACCAGGGCUCUGUGUGCACUCUUUGAGUCCAAGGCCACCCUGCAGCAAAACUAUAACAGCAGCCCGAGCCUCAACUCAUUCUCUGCAGUGGAUGGUAAAGCUAGGAUUGACUUCCCCCUGCAGGACAGUGGAAGUCAUAACAUCACUCCAAAGAACGCCUGGAUUCAGAGAACAACCCAGGAAGAUAUAGGAAAGCCCAUGAAUGGACGUUAUAGCAGAUCUGCUAGACACCCACACGAUGACAAACAUAACUCAUCAGUGAGCAGUAGCAGGGCAACGACCUCCCCAUCAGUCAGAGACAGAUCAGCGCUCUAUCUGUCAAGAGCAGCAGCAGACUCCACAGGAGGCCCAGUACAUCCGGAAGUGACUGAAAAUUCAGCUACAAGAACUAAAAGGAGCAAGAUGGCCGAAGCAGUCAGUAAAGUGACAGUUUCUCAACCACGUCAUGAGGAAGAAGACCUGCUUCCUCCUCCACCUCCUCCUGUACCACCUAGACCCACUGACUAUGAAGAUGCUACAGCCCUUCCUGUGCCUCCUCCUAAAGAAACCUUCUCCACAUUCUACCAGCAGCGGCAGAAGAGCGAGCUGAAGAGGCUUUUCAAACACAUCCAUCCCGACCUGCGGGCGGGGCUCGAUGAUGCAGUGGAUGACGAUAUCAUGAAGGCAGUGCAGUCGGAGAGCAACCAGGACCAAGCCUAUAGUGGUGAAGUGCAGUCUAUGAAGUGGAUCUUUGAGAACUGGACUCUGGACAACAUUGGAGAUCCCCACGAAACCAGAAAGUUACUGCUUGAGGAGGAGUUAAAAGGUGGAGAUGUUAGAAACACCUCCCUAGUGUUUGAGGGCAACGACAGCCGUGUGCUCAAACCUGUUGAGCGUCAGACCUCAGUCAUGGGAGAUGUAAGAACAUCUAUGUGGUUGUUUGAGACCCAACCUUUAGAUUCCUUCAAUAAACCAAAAACUGAAGAGGGAGAACUUGUUGAGGCACUUCUGAGAGAGCCUAUCCAGCCCGGCAACGUCAGAGGGACUCGACUUCUUUUUGAGUCCAAACCGCUGAGUGACUUGGGGCAAUGUAACUCCUGUGAGGAUCACACCUUCCUGAAGCUUAAAUCAGAGCUUCAGGAGCAGAAAGGAGACGUCCAGAAGACAGUAAAGCUCUUCCAGACAGAUCCUGGCUGUGCCAUCAGAGACAACAGCGGUAACAUCCACGAGAUUAAAUCCAUCUGCAGGGAGGAGAUCAACAGCAGUGAAAUCCAUACGGCUCGUUGGCUUUUUGAAACUCAGCCUUUGGAUCUGAUCAAUAAAGGCGUUGAUGGGGUGAAAAUAAUUCGGGGUAUAUCUCUGGAAGAAGGGCAGAAAGGAGGAGUUGAUCAAAAGAGGUGGAUGUUUGAAACUCAGUCGUUCGAAACAAUUCAAGAAGCCAUUGGCGCAGAUAAGCUUGAGGCUCAAGUAGCCAUCUGUCCAGGAGAGGCUGAUGUCAGCAACAAAAAGAAGCUCUCUGAAAGGCAGCCACUGGUGAGUCUAAAAGGUGAUGCUGCCGAAACAUCUGUGGAGAAGGAAGAGGUUAUUGGUGGAGAUGUCAAGACUUCGCUGUGGCUGUUUGAAACACAGCCCAUGGAGGCCCUUGGGGAAAAUGAUGAGGUUGGGCGUUUAAAGAAAAUUACCAUUUCAGCUGAAGAACAAGGAGGAGUAAAAGACAGAAAGCAAAUAUUUCAGAAUGGCGGUAUGCAUAGGGACGUCUUGCCGAAAAAGCAGGUGAUAGAGAAGGGGGAUGUAAAGGGAUUCAAGCAACUUUUUGAAACAAUUCUCUUGAGCAAAAGUGCUGAAAGUCAGGAGAGUUUUGCUAUAAUGAAGACUAUUGAAGGUGGAAAUGUAAAAGAAAACAAACUCAUGUUUGAAACAACUCCUUUAUACGCAAUAAAAGACAGUUCUGGAAACCUCCAUGAAGUCACAACCGUCAGCCGGGAGGAAUUCGUCAAAGGAAAAGUCAAAAACUACAAGUGGAUGUUUGAGACCAAGCCCUUAGACGAGCUAGCAGAUAGAAAUGGAAACGUUGAGGUGAUCAAAGGAAUCACCAGACAGGAGGAGUGCACAGGUGACCUCAACAUGGCUAAGUGGCUUUUUGAAACUCAGACAAUAGAUGGCAUCCAUUGUAAGGUCAACCAGACAGAAAAAACAUCUUCAGACAGAGAGGAGCUUUGCAAAGGUGACGUCAAGACGUGCAAAUGGUUGUUUGAGACCCAAUCGAUGGACGUUCAAUGCGAAAAAGAUGAAAGACUGAAGGAUCAAGAUUUAACUGACGGUACCAACGUCAGAUCUAUUACCUGGCUUUUUGAGUCCCAGCCUCUUGACAGCAUCAAACAGGGUGAGCCAUACAGUUUAAGACUAUGCAGCACCGUUCAGGAUUCUGUCAGAUCACAAGUCGACGUUCAAACCGUCAAACAUCUUUUUGAAACUGAGACCUUGGACAGAAUAAGAAAGGAUUCAGAUUCAGAGCAAGACCUCAGGUGCAUCAGUCAGGUUAACUUUCAGUCAGGUGACGUCUCUCGUGUCAAGGAGCUUUUUGAGUCCCAGUCACUUAACGAAAUAGGAUCUGAAAUUGUAAAAGCUACUGAAAGCCAGAGCCAAGAUGAAGAGAUUGAAAAAGGGUCAGUUCAUAAAGUUACUUGGAUGUUCGAGAACUGCCCAAUGAACUUGAUCAACAAGGACAGCGACAAAUCCAAUACGCAGAGACUCAGUCAGGAAAGCGGCGAUGUACAGAACAAGAAGUUUAUAUUUGAAACUUCCUCGCUGGACAAAAUCCAAAAGGAGCCCCUUAAGCAGGUAUCAGCCUCUGUGGAAGAGCCUGUGAGCAAUGUUGACGUGAAGUCUAGCACCAUGAUGUUUGAAUCCCUGCCACUGUAUGCCAUCAGAGACAAGGAGGGCCAGUUUCAUGAAGUGACAACUGUGAAAAAGGAAGAGGUGAUGAGUGGUGAUGUUAGAGGAGCGAGGUGGAUGUUUGAGACGAAACCGCUCGAUGCCAUCAAAGCGGAAAAUGAAGUCUACGUGAUACGAGCUGUCACGCAAGAAGAUGUCAACAAAGGUGGUGUUGAAUCAGCCAGGUGGAAGUUUGAAACUCAACCUUUAGACUCCUUUGGGGGCCAAGAUGAACCUUCAGUCAGUGUUUCUGAAGACUUUGGAAGUAUUAGUGUACAGGAAAAUAAAAAGCUGUUUGAGUCUGAGCCAUCGAACCAGAAGUUUGUGAGAACGGUGAGUGUCACUGAUGUCCAGCGGGGUGACGUGAGAACUUCGACCUGGCUCUUCGAGAAUCAGACCAUUGACCAUCUGAAGGGGGAACCUGAGGAACAGAGUCCAGUGAAAAUUGUCCACAGGGAAGACAGCCAGAAGGGAGAUGUAAAGCGCUGCACUUGGCUAUUUGAAUCCAACCCGCUGGACAAAAUCAAAGACUCAGAAAACACUACAGUCCAAGGUGUCGAGGAGAUUCCUAAAACCGACGUAAAGUGCACCACCUGGCUCUUUGAGACCACCCCACUGGACAAAAUCACAGCCAACAGCGUGGCUGAUACUCUUUCAUACUUACACCAGAAUCAUUUUGUGCAAUCGAGUGGCAUUAUUAUAGAAACUAAUGAAGGCAAGAGUAUUACCAUGGCAAAAUAUCUGCUUGAGAGUAACACGGGCGUUCAGAUUCAGAAGGAGGAUGUGGUUCAAGGCAACAUAAGUAACAUCAUGCUCCAGCUGCUGCUAACGCCGACUCUGGCCCCACAAAUCACGCUUCUGAGACAAACAGAAAAAGGUGAAGCUAACACCACAGUGGUUGAGCUUCCAGUCUUGGAGUUGACUGACUCUACCACUUUUGAAAGUGAUCAAAGAGCUAGAAACAUUGUUCAAACAAUAGAUCAGCUUCUCAUUCCAAAUAAGAACCUCAAGAAGGGAAUCAUAAUGCAAGAGACUGGAGAGGGACGAGCAGAAAUGUCUGUUUAUUCACUCUACAUCAACAAAGAAACCAGAACAGAGAGUCAUGUCACAGAGAAAGGAGACGUUAAGUCUACGAUUGGAAACCUGCUGGCGUCUGCUCAAAGUCAAAGACCAGCAGUUUCAUGCAGAGUGGACGAAAGUGAGAAGGGAAACGUGAAUUUGUUAAAAAGCUGCAUUGAAAAAGGAGACCUUGAAUAUCUGAGGAGUCUUUAUGCUGAGGCAUCUGAGUGUGAAGCUGAUGGCGGCCUGUUGGUGAAGGAGCAGUUUGACACAGUGCAUGGGAGUGUGAAGGAAGCCAAGAGAAGCCUUCACCAACAAAAGGAGCACAUGGAAAGAUCCAUCUGUGACGUUUUACCGGGAGACGUAAAGAAUGCCAAAAAGGUUUUCUCCUCUGAGUGCGCACUUAGCAUUGAGAGCUGCAUACUAAAGGAGGAAAUCAUCCCUGGAGAUGUCUCAUCAGCAAAGAAGCAACUUUUUGUGAAGCAACCAAUAAUUUUGGACAAAGAAGAGGUGGUUCCAGGUGAUAUCAAAGCAACCAUGGAGUCUUUGGAGCUUGCAAAAGAGCAGAGCAGGCACAUGGAACGGGAAAUCAUUGUGCCUGGAACUAUCUACGACAUAGACCUGUCAACCCAUGGUCCCGUAGAAGAAGGGAAUCAAGCACAAAAGGAAGUCAUAAUAUCUGGAAACGUAAAAGCAGCAAAAAGAUCUCUUGAAAUGGCAAAACAGCAAAGCAUGCACGUGGAGCGAGAGUUGGUUGUUCCUGGAAAAAUAUUCAACUUGAGCACUGUGGCCCAAGAAGAAAGUUCCUCCACUCUGGUGCAAUCUUCUUCCUCCACCAAGUGCCAGCAAAUCAGGACUCAUCCCAAGGUCAGUGAUGCAGAGAGAGAUCAUAGAGGUCAGAUUUUUUUUGAGGCUAAUCAAUCAAGUCCAUUUGUAGACAAUAGUUGUGCACCAGAGUCAAUGCCACCUUCUGAUGUUUGCGAUUAUAAUGGUCACACAACUGAAGAUGAGACAGAGGAGAUUAUUAUGGGAGAUGUGAAGGCAGCGAUCAGGUCUCUGCAGAGUCCACCGGCAGAUCACAAGGUUGUAGAAAAAAACAACAUUGUUAGAGGAAAUAUGCAAUUGGCUUUGGACUCUCUGGAGAAAUCAAAUAUAAAUGUGUCCAGAGGAGACUACAAAGCUGCCAUGAUAUACAGGAAUUCAGGCAGGGCUUCUCCUUGUUCAAGGAGAAGCAGAACUGUUCACAAUCAUUGUGCUGUGGUGUCUGUGCCUCCAUCUGACACAACGUUAUCUCCUUCAAUUUCAGUAACCUGUGAAGGACAGCCAGCCAUAGCAACACAGAGUCCAUCCCCCAACCCUAUAGCACAUGGAAACACUAGUGUGUCCUGGUCUGAAGGAGUAACGCCAUCUUUACCUCCCGAAAAGGGUGAAAAACCACAGGAGCAGAAGCCAGCUUUACCACCAAAGCCACAAUGGAUGAAAUCCGUGGCCCCUGAAAGACCAACUCCGGCCCCCAGUGCAGCGUCUCCCCAGACACAAAAACAGCCAGUUCCUACGUCUCCCCAAAGCAAACAACAAGAUAUCCCAACUCACCGAACAAUGAACAAAUAUGCAGAUGAAGUCGAUAUUAACCAAACAAUUGACUCAAAGAUUGAGGAAACACAAAUGUUGUCAAUUACAAAGAGGAAAGCAGACUUCCAACUGCCUGAAAAUGAUGACGGUCUGAUAAAGAAAAUAAAUGCAGCUGAGGAGAUUCAGAUGUGGAAGAGGAACCAUGCAGGAGAAGGAAAAGAGGAGAUGAAUACCAGCUUCCAGUCUGUUGUUCAGAAGUUUGACAGACAGGACAGUGAUGUUUCCAACCCAAGAUUUGUGCUGCCGAAGAAGGUUAAAGUCACAAAUGACGCAAAAACAGAUAAAAGCGACACUGUGGCGCAAACGUCCCACAUUAACAGUUCAGUCAAGGCAUGGCACUCACAUUCAAAUGAACAGCAGAAACCAGUAUGUCAGGAAAAAGUUGUUCUCAGAGAGAAAAAAGUGAGGGAGACAGAAAAUGAAAGAAGACAAAGGCUUUCUGUCCACAAGGAGGAGAUCAUGAGAGAAAAUGAGCAGGCAGCCAUGGAAAUUUUUGAAAAUCUAAGGAAACGGGAGGAGCUCAAAGGAGUCCUUUCUCAGGUGAAGGAGAUAGAAGGAGAGACCUCCGCAGAGGAGAAAAGCUCCAUCAAGACGUUGUAUGUUCCCGAGUGGAUGGUGACGUCGAAUAAAACUGCAAAGCAAAGUAAAACGGCUGCAAAGAAAGUUGAAGCAGAAGCGCAGGAUGAUGAUCUAGAGAGCAUCUCGUCCGUUGAGAUGGCAUUUGAAGAUCUGGAGAAGGCUAGCAAAGACAUACGGAAGCUGAAAGAACAGACGUUAACAAAGCUUCUUGACAUUGAAGAAACAAUAAAAAAAGCUUUAUAUUCUGUGUCCAAUCUAAAAUCUGAGGCGGACAUUGCAGGACUGUCAGGACUGUUUGACGAGUCUAUGAAAACAGAGCAAAAUCUUCAAUCUGCCAACAACAUUAAGAAGAUAAGUAUUGUAUCAAGCAAGACCAAACCAGUCUGCGCCAAAGAGACGACAGAUUUAAAAUGUCCUAAAGAAGAAGUUCCCAAAAAAAGACUUGUCCGGCAAUCAUCCUCUCAAUCCUCCCCUUCGUUUAUCUCCAUUCACUCAGCAAGAAAGCCUAUGGAGCAACCAAAACCCACCAUGAUGACGUUCAAACCACAAGCUGAUGGCGCCAAUCAGAGUUUGGAUCGUCCUCAACAGCAGGUCAGUGUGCUGGAAGUCAAGACCCUUCCAGAGAAACCUGCAGGAAUAAUUGACACCAAGACGGUCAGAGAAACAUAUGAGGAAAGCGAUGGCUUUGGCAACGUGUUUGUGUCUUCUGUGACUUCAACAUUCGUCUCUAACCAUUCUGACAGUAAAGCAUCUGCUCUGUUUGAAGCAAUGGGGAGUCCAACCAGGUACGAAGCUGUGACUUCCCCUUUGAUGAGACGACCUAGACACCCCUUUGAUGAUAAAGUAUUUAGCCGCCCCAAAGAGGAAGGGACAGUUUUUGUAACUUUUAGCAGACCCAAGUAAAACCACAUAUUCCUUUGUAACUUUAUCAACAUAGGCUUUUAAUUUCUUUAAUAUUUCUAUUAUGUGGUAAUGUAAAGUUUUCUUGUUUGGCCUAAACAAAUGUUAUGAGUCUUUGUCUUAUAGAUUUUAUACUGCAACCAUUGUAAAUUCUGUUGUGUUAGUUGUCAAUAAAACAAACGUUAAAAAAAA